AUGGCGGCGGAAUUGAUAGAGCAGUGUGCGAAACUUAACAUUGAGGACGAGGAGAAUGAAAUUGUGGACCUUGGGACUGUGAAAUCCGGCGAUGCGAGACUUAAAACUUCUCUUAUGCUUGUCGGGAAAGUUAUUUCGGAACGUGCUGUGAAUCUGGAUGCAUUACAACGAACGAUGUCUCAGAUAUGGGCGUUACAUCGUAACUUAGUGGUGCGGGCGAUUGACUCAAACACCUUUGUCUUUCAAUUCUUUCACUGGAAGGACAAAGAGAAAAUUUUGGCUGGACGACCGUGGAGUUUUGAUCAGAAGUUGUUGGUGUUGAAUGAAAUUGUGGGUGAUGAGCAACCUUCACAGGUUGUGCUUGAUUCAUCUCCCUUCUGGGUUCGCCUGUAUAAUCUCCCAUUCAAUUGCCGAGCGGCGGAAGAGGUGAAAGCUAUUGCAUCAUGCCUUGGUGAGGUUUUGGAGGUGGAUUUGGAUGAUUUUGGAUUAGAACGCUUCUGCCGUGUUAAGAUAUUGUUGAAUGUUUACAAACCGUUGCGUAGAAAACAGCGUAUUCGACGCAAGGAUGGGGUGCUAACAACCAUUGAAUACAAGUAUGAGCGGUUGCCAUUUUUUUGCUUCCGGUGUGGGGUUUUAGGGCACAACGACAAAGAUUGUCGCGCUGAUCUGCCGGAGGAGUGUGAUUUAGAGAUGGGAUGGGGUGUUUGGUUGAAAGCAUCCCCUCACAAAGGCAGGAGUAAGCAUAAAGAAGAAGCUCUGGCUAUUAAGGCUCGGAAAAGAGUUUUGUUUGUCGCAAAAGAUAAGGGGGAGGGGGAGGAUCCUCCUAUUUCCAAGCCACUACCUGUGGAAGAUGAAGGAAAUGCCAAGGGGGAGGGGUUCUCAAAGCUGGCCAGUAGGGAGGGGCUCAUUAAUGGGAUGCAUGAGUAUGGGGAAUUGGAGCUUGGAAUGGGACGUGUUGUUGGUGGGUGUGACUCAUUGAAGGGACCAAUAGGGGGAGACAACGUGUGCUUAAUAGAAGGGAAGGGCGUGGAGUCUGAGGAGACAGUGGGGGGUCCACAAUUACGUGUGGGGGACCAAGUGGGGGGGGAAGUCAACUGUGAUGUUGGAGGGAGUUUGAUGUCUUUACUGCAGUCUGGGAUGGUUAGUUGGUAG